AUGGUUGACUUGGAGACUUCACCUGCGGAGGUAGAGGCCCUUCGAGUCCAAUAUUGUCCUCCGCUGGAUGAUGCCCUUUUCUACGCCAUCGCGUCUGAUUACCAACUGCCCCAGGAUAGGGCAGCCUUGACGGCGGACCUUGAUCGCCUCAAGGCUGGUGCAAUAGAACAAGAGGACGCAGAAUUUGAUCCUUCGGGUACAGGAGCUCCUGCACACCUCAUAGAUGCCACCGACACGUCCAGGUCGUGCCCCGAAGACAACUUCUCCAACGGUGUCACGAGCAUAACCACUGGUAUCUCCGACUUGCGGUGGAAUGACUCAGACAGCCCGGGAAAUGAUCAGGAUAACACCUUGUCGACUGAGAAGAAGAUUGGUCGGCUGCGGCAUGUAUUUCCAAACAUACCCAAACGUGAGCUGUCCAGUGUCUUGGAGAGCCACGCAGGAUGCCUUGACAAGGCCGUCGACGAGCUUCUCAACCUCUCCUUCCUUAACCAGGGACUGGGGGAAGAACUAGAGGAUGUGCCUAUUUUGAAAGGGGUAGAUGGAUUUGCAGAAGAUGCUCUCCUGCAAAGAAAAGGAAGGAAGAAACGGAAAUACCGCACAACUGAGUCUUCGCGUGCGAAUUCAGGCUCCUCCUCGCCUUAUGAGUUAGAGCCCACUCCUACCAAUGUCUGGGCUACUAUGUCUAAAGAUGUCGACUUCAUUUGUUCUAGGACCAAACUCCAACCCCAACUAGUGCGGUCUAUAUAUCAUGCCAACGAUGCGCGGCUGGCGUCUACCAUUCGCGCGCUAGCAAUAAGAGAAGGAGAGGCAUACAGUAAGUCGGCAGAAGUCGAUCCCCUCCUCGAUAUGCAGAUUGCGGAGUUCCAGAGCCAGUUUGAGUAUGUGCCCAAGUCACAAUUGUAUGGUCUGCUGAGACUAGCCCGAAAUAUACCCUCUGCGGCUCAGGAAUUGUUGGAAGCCAUGUCAGUGGCCGAGACUGUGCCAAUAACCGGGAAGCUGCAGGCUGCCGCCCAGUAUGCCCCUCUGAAUCUCGGGGAAGAUGAAGUCCCCAGAACCGCCUCGACCGCACCGGAGGAUCUGACUAUUGACCCAUAUCGGGCAUCUGCAGCUAGUUUCCGGAUAGCUGCAGGUCAAAGUUUUGAUCAAGCUGCCGCAGCAUACAGACGAAGCAAAUCCGAUCGUCUCUACGGAGGUGUUGCAGCGCACUACUCUGAGAUUGGCCGAGAACGCGUCAGAGCUGCAAAGGAAGCCAAAGCUGCGGAAGCAGACUUGCUCGUGGCUAGACAAUCUUCUUCAAACGUCCUCGAUCUUCAUGGCGUGACGGUACAAGACGCAGUUCGAAUUGCCCGAGCAAAAACACAGAGCUGGUGGGAUGGUUUGGGUGACGCCAAAUAUGCUUCUGGAGGUGGCGGACCUGCUAGGGCCGGCUUCAGAAUAGUGACCGGGCUGGGAACUCAUAGCAAGAAUCAUGCUCCGCGGAUAGGACCAGCGGUAAGCAAAAUGCUCCUGAAGGAGGGAUGGAAGGUGGAAAUUGGCCAUGGUGAGUUGACAGUGACGGGUAAGAGGCGUGCAUGA